GGCAGGAGAGGAGUGGGCUAGUCACUCAUUGUUACGGCCUCGAGGAGCGGCGAAGACCCCUACACGUGAAUUAUCUUCCCGACAGAAAGAYCCCUUGACAUCUACACUUAUUGCAGGGAUCCACUCUCUGAUCCUAAUCAUUGUUCAUAUUCUGUGUAURAUCACAGCGACCUGGUGAGAAGUGGUCCAACACCCAACGCCAGGACUCAUGCUCAGGUGAUGGAGCUCCUAUGACUCAAGAGGGAGAUGGAAACAGCCAGCCUAAGCCAUGGCGUCCAUCUUGGAUUAUACCCACGCACACAGACUGUCACUCUCUGAGACCAGGAACAGGACCAGUCUCUCCCCUGACUGUCAAUUACCUGUACCACGCGUGAGCUCUCUCUCUUGCGCCAACCUCUGUGAAUGAGUGCGAUCAUUCGGACUGUCCCUGUGCCCAGCCUGGGUCCCUCCUUACCCCUGCCCCUGCCUGCGGGGACCAUGGGGCUCCUGUGGGUGCUGUGUGUGUCCAUGCUGAUGGCUCCAGCAGUGGUGGUAGAAGCCAUCCCCAUGGAGUCURCUGCUGGGAGCCACAGCAUGUUCACCUGUGAACCUAUCACCCUGCGCAUGUGUCAGGGGCUGCCCUAUAACUCCACCUUCAUGCCCAAUCUCCUCAACCAUUAYGACCAGCAGACCGCCGCGCUCGCCAUGGAGGUUCCCAGACUGUGACGAGUCAUACCCCCGUCCUGUAGACCUGCUGUCCAGGUCAGACUCCACAGAGUCGCCCAUCUCCGUCCAGCGCGACUAUGGCUUCUGGUGCCCCCGCGAGCUCAAGAUCGACCCCGACCUGGGCUACACCUUCCUGGGUGUGAGGGACUGCUCGCCCCCCUGCCCAAACAUGUACUUCCAGCGGGACGAGCUGGUCUUCGCCCGCUACUUCAUCGGCGUGGUGUCUAUCGUAUGUCUCUCUGCAACCCUCUUCACCUUCCUCACCUUCCUCAUCGACGUGUCCAGGUUCCGCUACCCGGAGCGKCCAAUCAUCUUCUACGCCGUGUGUUACAUGAUGGUGUCCCUGGUCUUCUUCCUGGGCUUCCUAUUGGAGGACCGGGUGGCGUGCAACGCGGCGAGCCCCGGGCGCUUCCGGGCGUCCACCGUCACCCAGGGCUCCCAUAACAAGGUGUGCACUCUGCUGUUCAUGGUGCUCUACUUCUUCACCAUGGCUGGCAGUGUGUGGUGGGUCAUCCUCACCAUCACCUGGUUCCUGGCUGCCGUGCCUAAGUGGGGCAGCGAGGCCAUCGAGAAGAAGGCCCUGAUCUUCCAUGCCUGUGCCUGGGGCCUGCCCGGCUGUCUGACUGUCACUCUGCUGGCCAUGAACAAGAUCGAAGGGGAUAGUGUUAGCGGGGUGUGUUUUGUGGGGCUGUAUGACCGCACAGCGCUGAGAUGGUUCCUGCUGGUUCCGCUGGGCCUGGAUGUACUGGUGGGGGUGGCGUUGCUGCUCGCGGGCAUCCUGGCGUUGAACCGCGUCCGUAUGGAGAUCCCUCUGGAGAAGGAGAACCAAGACAAGCUGGUGAAGUUUAUGAUCCGUAUCGGGGUGUUCUCUGUGCUCUACCUGGUCCCUCUGCUGACGGUCAUAGCCUGCUACCUGUAUGAGAACAGCUAUAGGACUGUCUGGGAGACUACCUGGGUACAGGAGCGCUGCAGAGAGUACCACAUCCCCUGUCCAUACCAGGUGGAGCAGACCAGCAGACCAAACCUGUCCCUGUUCAUCAUAAAGUACCUGAUGAUGUUGGUAGUAGGGAUCCCUUCAGUGUUCUGGGUGGGCAGCAAGAAGACCUGCUUCGAAUGGGCCAGCUUCUUCCACGGACAUAGACGCAAAGAUAGCGUGGUCAACGAGAGCAGACAGGUACUCCAGGAGCCAGAUUUUGCUCAGCUGCUCCUGCGGGACCCCAACACCCCCAUCGCGAGGAAGUCCAGGGGGACGUCCACGCAGGGCACCUCCACCCACGCUUCCUCCACCCACCUGGCCAUGCUGGACGAGCCCCCCAGCGGGAGCACCAGCCGGGCAAGUAGUGUCCGCAGCGCCCGCAGCAAGAUGAGCAGCUUCCAUGGAAGUCUGCAUAGAUCCAGAGACAGCAGGUACACGGCAUGUAGUUUCCGCGGCGUUGACGAUCGCCUCCCCUAUGGCAGCAUGCCCCGCCUCAACGACCAGUCAGGGUCCAGACACUGCAGCACCAACCGGCUAGACAGCCUAUCAAAGCAUGGCUCCACCCAGCGUCUGGAUAGCCAAUCACGGCACAGCAGCAUCAGGGACCUUAGCAACGUCACCCAGGCCAUUCAGAGCGCCCCCGGCAAUGGAAUCCACAGGGUCCUUGAGGAGGAUGGAGCCACAGCCUGAACUGAGACAUCUCAACGCCUGGCCACAAAACAAAGCUUAGCCUCUACCCUAAAACCCAUGCCAACCUUUUAGCUAAACAAGAAGUGUCUAGGACAUGAGUCCAACUCAUUCCACAGAGGGCCAAGUGUUUGCCUGUUUUUGACUCCACCCUUGUACUUUGUUGAUGAAUUAAGGUCACUAAUUAGUAAGGAACUCCCCUCACCUGGUUGUCUAAGUCUUAAUUGAAAUGGAAAAACAACAAAUCUGUAGAUACUCAGCCAUCCAUGGAAUGAGUUUGAUACCCCUGGUCUCGGGGGUAGAGGUUGAUUUUGGACUGGACAUACUACAGUCCUCUGUGGCUACAUUUACACAGGCAGCCCAAUUCUGAUCUUUUGCCCAAUUACUGGUCUUUAGACCAAUCAGAUCAGAUCAUUUGCCAAUAAUUGAUAAUAAAAAAAAUCAGAAUCGGGCUGCCUGUGUAAACUCAGCCACAGUAUGACAGUUUGAAAAUAAGGAGAUUGUGAGGAAACUGGACAUGCAGGACUGUUUGACAAUGUGUCUCAACAUGUCUCCUCUCAUUAAACAGCACUGAUAAAUGAAGAUAGCAGACGUCUUGGAUUCAGAGGACAGUGUAACUUGGACUUGCAGGAGUGAGAGCUGAACCAAUAAGACUGACAUGGAAGAAGAAUCAUACUCUUGGGCACAGACUGCUGAUCUCCGAUGCUUUUUGUUCAAUGUUCUGGAGUCAGCUCUUAGUGAAGGACACUCUACCCUUUAAGUGUAGGACAGCUCUGGGAUCAGUUUCAGGUGUAGGACAUAAUACUGACAUUACAGAGCUUCUUAUCUAUCGGCACAUUCCACUACUCAGGGGGGUGAAAAGGGUUAAAUCGUAAGGAUUCUACAAUCUAAAUCGUUCCAUUAUGGGUUACACAAGCACAUGCUGCCAAGCAUUCGUCCACAAAGGCCAAGACUUUAUUCCUGCUGACCACAUUGUUUACCUGCACGAGGAGUACUGUAGACGUGUCUCCAAAACCACUGUUGUACUACACUACUAUACAUUUAGGUACUUUUAUACGUCAAUUGGUUUCAUUGCACUUCUGAUGGAGGCAAGUUAAGGUACUGUAUGUGAUGAGUAGGGCCUGAAGUUUUUCCUGACUGUGACCUGCCCAGGGAAAACUCUGGGUCCUAGUGAUAAUGUGAAGGCGAUAGGGACAGUGUCCUGUUGUCAAUCAAUUGAAAACAAUUGACAAUGAAACAAUUGUAUUGAUGAAUCAGCCAUUGUGAAGUGAAGGG